CGUCAGCUUUGGCUUGAAGUGUUCAGCUUUCUCUCGCAACCUGAGUUGUGCGUGUGCAUGCGCGUAUGUCGUACAUGGAACCGCUGGUGCAUGGAUCGACGGCUCUGGUCAGUUAUUGACCUAUCAGAGAAAAAAGUCGUCAGCGCUGCUGCUCUCAAGGGAAUUGUUCGACGUCAGCCGACCACGCUGAACCUUAGCUGGACAAACGUUACAUUUCAACAACUGAAGUGGCUGCUGAACCGCCUGCCGAGAAUCCGGGAGCUUUAUCUAAGUGGCACGACAGAAGCCACAGUUUAUGCUCUCUCGUCUGUUGUCUGCCCUCGGCUCAAAGUCCUUGGACUAAGCUGGUCCGUGGGAAUCACUGACUCGUUGUUGAAGGAAAUCAUCUUGCCUGUUUCUGACUCCCGCGCAGGUUCCGUGGAGAGCAAAAGCUCGUUUUACAGGCUAACUACUUUAUUUCUUUCCGGAUGUGACGUGACCGGCUCGUCUCUACGUCUUUUGGUUCAGCAUUGCCCGGAUUUGCGCAAGCUUGAUUUAAGCCUCUGCCCUGGAAUAACUGAUCAAGACAUUGAAAGUGUCUGUGGCCAGGCUUUGAUCAAUGAGUUCCUUCUUAGUGGUUGUGCAAGUCUCACUGAUAAAUGUUUGUCUUUUUUGAAGCUUUUUCCUUCCAUUGCACGCCUCGACCUUCGUUCCUGCACUGGCGUUUCGACUGAUGCUUUGCAAGAAUUUGUUAAAAACUCCAAGGAUGACCUCAAAAUAAUGGAUAAAAAACUUAUUGUAAUUAAGUAA